AGCUGAAAAUAUACCCGGAAGUACGGAGUACGACUCAAUGGCUAGCCAGAAAUAGAAACAGUGGAGUGUAAACAUCACUUGUUAAUGAAUCACUGUGACUGUGGAAACAUUUGAGAAGCAAUUGGCAAUAUUAGUAAUUUUGUCUUUCAACGUUACGUGUGGUGUUGAAGGUGCAGGUUGAACCGUCGCAGAUCCCCGGAACUGUUUUGUUUUGCUUCUUUGGAAGUCAAGUUUUUCCCCCGAACCAGCAGCGACCAAACAGACGUGAGCAUGUUCAAGAGCGGGCCGAGCUACACCAAGCUGAAAACCAACCUGAGGCUGAUCAUCAACAGGCUCAAGUUACUGGAGAAGAAGAAGACAGAGAUGGCUCUCAAGUCCAGGAAGGAAAUUGCAGACUACAUCUCGGCUGGGAAAGAGGACAGGGCCCGCAUACGUGUAGAACAUAUCAUCAGAGAAGACUACCUAGUGGAAGCCAUGGAGCUGCUGGAAAUGUACUGCGACUUGCUCCUGGCUCGAUUUGGUCUCAUACAGACACAAAAGGAGCUAGACCCAGGGCUAGAAGAAGCAAUUGCAAGCAUCAUCUGGGCAACCCCACGACUGCAAGCUGACGUCCAAGAGCUGAAGUCAGUGGCGGAGGAGUUUUCUCACAAAUAUGGCAAGGAGUUUGCCCAAGCCUGUAGAGGAAACCAGCUCAGUAAUGUCAGCGAAAAGGCGUACCCAGGGUCUGUCCCCGCAGGAAGUGUCCCGACCGCCAUGACAGGCGCGCCCCCACCACUUCCCAACCAGGGUCCGCACGGAGCAGGGGGAUCGUUCACACCGUACCCGACCCCCCCUCCCUACGCGGCAGGUGCCCACUCCGCGCCCCCGGCCCCACCCAGCUUUGACCAGCUGUACGACAACAACCUCAGCGUGAAACCGGCCCAUCCGCCGGGCCCCAGUGUCUCCGCCGCGUCUGCUCCUCCCCCCGGAGGAGAUGACAUGUUCCCAGACCUGCCGGCCGUUCCCAGCAACACUCUCCCUGACCUUGGCCACUCUGUCGGGGGCGACUCUGCGGGCGGGGAGGACGUCGACUUUGACGAUUUAACGCGGAGAUUUGAACAGCUCAAGAAAAAGAAAUAGACGCCCAAGUUGUGAUGCAUGUUUUUUUGUAUAUAUUGUAUUGGUGUCUCUCAUUACCGCUACCUGAAACAACUUUUUUGGUAAUCUUUAGUCAGUCUUGGCGCUCGUAUGACCUUAUGCAGUUGGGAGCGCCGUAAACCCUCUGCUAAAACUAAAAAAUCUUUAGUCAUUUGAAAAUGUUUUCUCAAAGUUUGUUUUGAACUGGUGACUGAGUGGAAGCAUGUCCCGUGAUUGUCUGUGGAGUUGUUGCCAACCGGUACCUUGUGAUCCCUGUGUUGAUUUGAUGGCACAGUUUGUAUCAUUGCAUUGAUUGUUUACGACAUAAACAUUUACAACCAAACUUGA